AUGGAAUUGAGAGAUUAUGCAAUAAGGGAGAAACCACAAUUAGUCGAGGAUAUGCAAGGUGGUCCAGACUACAUAGUUCUGAAAUCUUUGGACACUGAUGGCAUUCGUUUAAUUGGAAGUGUGCUGGGACAAAGCAUAGCUCUGGAUUAUUUUGUCUCACAGGUUGAUGGUUUAGUUGAAGAGUUUGCAGGCAUAAAUCGUGGAAUGGAAAAAACCGGAACUUUCACUAUGGAUAAGAAGAAACUACUUCAGCUUGUUGGGAAGGCUAACUCAAAUUUGGCUGAUGUGAUUCUUAAAGUUGGUCUCUUCGAAAGAUCAGAAAUUGCUUGGAGGGAUGCAAAGUAUGCUCAAAUAUACGAGUAUCUUAGGGAGGAGUACGAAGUAGCACAACGCUUUGGAAACCUAGAUUACAAAUUGAAAUUUGUUGAGCAUAAUAUUCAUUUUUUACAAGAAGUUCUCCAGAACAGGAAGUCAGAUUUCUUGGAAUGGUGUAUUAUCGGUCUAUUGACAAUUGAAAAUGUUAUAUCCAUAUACGAGAUUCUAAAAGAUUCAAAUGCAGUUUCUCAGACUAUUUCACCUAUUUGUUGGACCUUGGGGGAGAAAGUAAUUACAAAUUGUGCCUUCAAACUUAAACCUUAUCUCAUGCAAGCAGUUGUAUCCUCUGGAAGAACGCUCGAUAUGUAUCCGCAAAUAGUAACUUCUAUUUGCCAGAAUCAACCUGAAUCACAAGAACACAUUCAAUCAUUAGUUCAGGCAGUUGAAAACAAUCUUGUUGUACCUAAAGAUGCUCAUGAAGUCACGUUUAGGGUAGAAGAGUCAGAAGUUGGUGAGAUAAACCGUAGUCAAGUGUGGAAGGCUGCUCGCGUCAAUAAGAGCGGGGUGAUUGAUAAUGAGAAUGUUCAAAGAGUUGUGGAUCAAUGUGAGAAGUUAACAGAAGCUCUAUCUGAAGAAGAGAGACAAGACCUUGGUCCCACAAACAUAUUAUUUGAGGCUCUUAAUCUCCCAAACUACUCUGGACGUGUUAGGACUUAUGGUUUUGGGAGAAUUUGA